AUGGAGCAACAGGUAAAGGAACUCCUGAGGGUCUUUUGCAAGUUCUUGAGUACAGAAGGAGCAGCGCCUGCAAAAAGCAGAAAAGGUCCAGUUCGGUCAAUUUACAUCAACAUCGCUGAGCAAAGAGAUGGCCCAGAAGCUUUUUCCUUCUACCUGAGCAACCGAGAGGUGCUGAUCCCGCCAUAUGAAACCUUUGAGAUCGCCAAAGUCACCCUGAAUGGGAAGAGCGCAUGGAUCAGUCUCCGCUCCACUGGAACGUUCAGCAAAUACAACUGCACGUGGCUUGUUGCACUGGUCUCUCUGUGGACUCUCUUCUCCAUGGCCCCCCUGGCGCUGACCCUGGCACUGAUGGCAAUAAUUGCGGCCACUGCGGCCAUCACGAUCGUGCCCCUGGACAUUGUCUCGAGGGACAGGAACGAUGGGGAGAACUGUAAAUCUGGUGGCAAAAAUAAGUUGUCAGAACUUAAGGACUUUGAUUUCCUCAAGAAUAACACAUUUGAAAAGGUCUGGACAAAUGCCACGGCCGAGUGGCAGAAACGAGGCACCGCUUCAUCCACUCUGACCAAAGACCAGGCCAUCGCCCUCUUAGUGUACACAAUGAAGUCCGUGUAUAGUGACUUCAAUAAAGCUGUGCGCACAGCUGGAACAUCCAGCCAGGAAUACCAGGACAACUUCCACUUCAAAACGCUGGAUUUCCUGCUGACCCACGCCCUCCAGAAGCUGAGACGCCCUAAUGAGUGUCUGAAUGUGUCCCGGGGGGUGAAGAAUGUCCAGUUCGAUGUGAAACUUGGUGAUAAAGUCCGCUUUGGUGAAUUCACUUCAUUGUCACUGGACAAAACGGUGGCCCAGGGUUAUGGGACAGACGCGAUAUUCGAGGUGCACACGUGCCACGGCGCUGACAUACAGAAAUUCUCCUUCAAUCAAAGCGAGAAGGAGGUGCUGAUCCCACCCUUCGAGACCUUUGAGGUCACCAAAGUCACCAGGGAAGGGAAGAAGGUGCAGAUUGAGCUUCGUUCCACCGGGACUUACAGAAGCAUCAACUGCAAGCCACUGCAAGGUGGGAGCCUCCCCAGGAACUCCCCCCACCUUGGGGGGCUUCUCCUGACCACCGUGGCCAUGGCAGUGGGCAUAGGAAACCUCUAA